UAAAGUAGUUUCCUCACGAUUUUAUCGACGUGUGAAGACUAAUUUCCUCGAAAUUAUCCAGCAACCUUAGGUGAUUAAUUAGAGUGCCAAGGUUUGUAGACAGAACAGAUACUGCUAAAUCAGUUGAUCAAGCUUUUUCUCUUUGGUCUCUUCGCGCAGAAUUGGUGUCCGUCCUGUCUGCCUGCGUGACUGGUAGCUUGCAGCAGUACAGCAGCAGAGAGAACACAUCAGAAGCGAUUCGUGACGAUGAGAUCUCUGUCAGAAAGUGCCUUUCAGAUGCCAGUUCUAAGCAGACGCUGCGUGCCGGCCCAUGUUUGCAUCUAACGCCAGCACUCCUUUUCCAGACCUCGGCUCAGACAGCGACUCCUUCAGUGGCAAAUCUCUGGCUUUCCUGUCUGAUUCCAUCGCUGAAGGAACUCAAGCAGAAAGAUUUACUGUGGAAGAAGGGGAAAUAGCCGAUGUGGAAAAAGCUGACACAUUGAAAAACACAGAACUUGCAACGGCGUGGUAGCUCGACAGAGGUCUCUGUAAAGGGCACCUCGUUGACCACAGUGGACGGAUCCAUCCAGACUUUAUGCUCUGUUGACUGUCAAUCCAGGAGGCUGCUACUUUAUCUAAUCAAAUUGCUACCAAUGAUUUGAGCCCUCACACUGUCAGAACUAUUUCCCAGACUCCUCAUUGGUGCCAUCGUUAAGUGUGCUUACGGAUUCAUCUCAAGAGGCUAGUGCUAAAGUCAGACCUCUCUACCGGUAUGGCUUUCAACCUGACUUCAAUACGUGACACAAAAUGGCUGACUCUGGAAGUGUGUCGGCAGUUUCAGAGAGGGACGUGUUCACGUAGUGAUGAGGAAUGCAAAUUUGCACACCCACCAAAGAGCUGCCAGGUGGAAAAUGGAAGAGUUAUUGCCUGCUUCGACUCACUGAAGGGGCGCUGCUCACGCGAGAACUGCAAGUACCUUCACCCACCGUCACACCUGAAGACGCAGCUGGAGAUCAACGGACGCAACAACCUGAUCCAGCAGAAGACGGCGGCCGCCGUGCUGGCCCAGCAGAUGCAGUUCAUGAUCCCCGGCUCCAGCAUGCCCCAAGUCCCCUCGUUCCCCAUGAACCAGGGUCUAGGGACCAGCCCUGUCAUCAGCUACUCCCCCUACAUCACGCCCAUGACUCAUGGGAUGGGGCUGGUUUCCACGGAGAUGCUCCCCAGCACCCAAGUCAUUAUGCCUGGCAGCCCUCCCGUCACAGUCCAGAACGUCUCCUCAUCCUCCCCUACCCAGAAGGCUUUGCGCUCCGACAAACUAGAGGUGUGUCGCGAGUUCCAGCGCGGCAACUGUGCGCGCGGCGAGACCGACUGCCGCUUCGCCCACCCCAGCGACAGCCCCACCAUCGACACGAGCGACAACACGGUCACCGUGUGCAUGGACUACGUCAAGAGCCGCUGCUCCCGCGACAAGUGCAAGUACUUCCACCCGCCCGCCCACCUGCUGGCCAAGAUCAAGGCCUCCCAGCAGCAGGUCACCCAGACCCAGGCGGCGGCGGCCGCGGCUGCUGCUGCUGCAGCCAUGACUCAGUCGACUGCCAAAGCAGUGAAGCGACCCCUCGAGGCAACUGUAGAUCUGGCUUUCCCCCACAGUGUCUUGCAGCCCCUACCAAAGAGACCGGCGCUGGAGAAGAGUAACGGGGCCAGCGCUCUGUUCAACCCCAGUUUUUUGCACUACCAGCAGGCUCUGGCCAAUGCGCAGAUGCAGCAGUCUGCCUUCUACCCCACCGAUAAUCUUGAAAUAGCUAAUCAACAAGGAAUGGAGUGUCAUCAUGCAGCACUUAGAGGUCCAAGACAGCUCCUCUGUAAAUAUAACCUAUUCUUCACACAAGAUCUGCAGCAACCUGCAUGCUAAGACAAGAAUUAAGAAGCACUCACCUUUUUCCUUACAGUAAUGCCGACUUCAAAUGUUAACUAUACCAAUAAGAGUAACGUAAUACUAGAAUGAAUACUAGUAUCAUACUAGUACAUGUAUUUGACACAAUCAAAAUAUUGUAUGUACAUACACAAAACUUGUGAAUGUGGAGACUUUAUUGAAAUGUGUAACCUUGAGUUUUAUUUUUGUUCCAUAUUUGUUUUUAAGACAUUAUGUACCAAGGAAACAACUUAAUUUGCACUUUCGGGAAAGACAUGUCUUAUGUUUUAUGCAGUACCCCCAUGUACUGUGUAAGAAUUAUAGAGAGAAGAACUCAGUGUAAUGAUCCAGAAUUAGACCUGUCAUGGUCACUGGACUGUAUGGCUUUGCAUCUGGCCGAACUUGUAUCCAUAAAACCACGAAUGUUACAGAAGACAGUUUAAUAUCUCCACAUAGGAGUAUGAUUAUGCACCAGUGCUCCAAGACCUAAUAAGUUUUAUUCUUUAUUUAUCUUAAUGAAAGAAUAAUAAUAUUAAUAAUAUUAAUAAUAAUAACAACAACAACAAUAAUAAUAAUAAUAAUAUUAAUAGUAAUAAUAAUAAUAAUAAUAAUAGGGUGGAGCACAGUGCCCCCUUGUGGAGGAAAACUGUCUUGCCUCUAGUACCUAUUGAUUUAUUCAUCAUUGCCAUACAAACUCAUGCAAAUAUUAAUGACAUGAAUGCUUGCAAAUGUUGUGGUUAUCAGAUCCAACAAAUUCCAAUUUGUUUCAACAUUUUUUUUCAAGUUUGUUUAAAGUUUGAAUAAGCCUAUUGUGCAUCAUUGUCAAAUCCUUCUGAGCACCAUCAUAGUGGCAUAUAUCCACAUCCCCAUAAAGUGCCAUUUGGACAUAACAUUUAGACAUUUAGAUUAUGUGGCUGAAAAGUAUGGGUGUCUGCAGGCAGACAGAAAUGGCCAGGGUGAAAUAAUAUAUUGGCCAAAAGAAGGCUAAUAUAUUAUAGCAGAGCUGAAUUACACAGACAUCCAUAAGUUUCAGAUGGGUCUGUUCUAAAGUUGUCAUAGACAACCAUUGUCAAUGAAUGAGUGGUCUGUUUGAGUACCUGUAGAAGUGCCUGAAGUUCUUAAUCUACAGAAAAAGCAUUUUAAGAUGAUUUUUGUUCAUAGCACAAUUGACAGUUUUAAUGUGAUGUGUCAAUAUUAUUUGAUAUGGAAGAUGGGAAACAUUUUGUUUUAUUAAGUUUAUUAUUUUUUUGUUUUGUUUAAGAGUGAAAUGAUAAACCCUUUAGCUGCAUUUAGAAAUUUGAUUGUGUUGGUAUAGGUCAAAAUAUCACAAGGUCAAGUAUGACGUGAUGUUGGGUUAGUUUAAAUGUUGAUGUAAUUACUUUUUCAAUUGUUUCCAGUUUUAAGUGCGAAUGUAAGCGUGAGUACUGCAUCCGCGUUGUUACUGACAGGUUACAUCUCUCAUCUACAUUGUCUUUAGAUAUUCAUUUUCAUUUCAGAGCUAAGAGCUUUCCAACUGCAUUAAGCACUGAACACAAUUGUGUGUGGAUUUCAUCAUUAUACUGUAUGCAGUAUCCAUUAUUAACAUUAGUCCUAAGUUUUCAGUAUAGUACAUUUCUCUCUCUCUCUCUCUAUUUUUCUUUCUCAUUCUCACUCUGCGUGUGUGAGUGUCUAUAUGUAUGUGUGAGAUGUGUGUGAGUGCAUUUGUGUGUGAACACACUUGCAUGGGGAUUUGACAGAGACUAAAAGAAAGUCACUAUGUACACAUCUUGGUAUGAGAUUAAUAGACAAUCUACAUCAAGACUCCUUUAAAUCUUGGAAAGAGGCACUGUUCUUAUUCAUUCUUUUUUCCUUACUCUUUUGUUGAGAUAUAUUUUGAAAAUGUCCUUAUGGGUGUAUAUGGAAAUAUAUUAUUAAGUGUAUUUUGUUCUCAUUCUUUGUUCUUUGUUAGUCCUUUACACAAUGUUGUAACCGAGUAUAUUUUAAACUGAAUGUAAUUUAUUAUGCUAGGCCCUUUUCUGCUGGUGUCCCAGCUUGAGACGGUACUGGCAGGAGGGCCUCUGAAAGCCGUCUGUGGUGUAGGGGGAUUUCUGAUCGGUCUGCUCAGGCCUUCAGAUCUCACACAUCACUGCCUUGCCACCAUCACAAGACAGCUCACUACCGUAGAAGCAAGGCUGCAGAACUGCUUAUAUUAUCUCUUAAAGCUUUUAUUGUAUAGGUCCUUUUUCGUUGAAGAAAACAAUUGGGUGAAUGGGGUUCUGAAAAGUUUCAUUGUAGUAUGUGACUAUUUUAUAAAAGUACUAAUUUGUCAGUGUGGCAACCUGAAAAUGACAAUGACUAAAGUUCUGUAUUUUUGUAAAUGAUGUAACUAUUAACAUUUUAGAGCACUGUAUUACCUAGGUUGUGUUGCUCUCUGAACAUUUCUUAUCCUAUUACAACAGACCCAGUGACAGAUCUGAUAUACAGUAACUUCUGUCAUUAUUAUUACAGUGUGGCAGGUCUCACCCUAGAUAAAUAAAAUUCAAAAUGAGGGCUCACAAACAAUGAAUGACAUGUUUGUGACAUGCAGUGAAAUUAAAGUAUAAUUUAGAGGUUGAUAAAGAAUUGUAAGUCAGCAUUUUGUUGUUUCACUAAGUGAUAAUUGAUCUUGCAAAGCUUACAAAUGCCUGUAAGAAGUGGACAUGGGACAUUACACAUUAAAUGUGUAAACAUUCGAGUUUGAAACUAUUGGUGAUCUUUUCAGCAUUCCGCAAAGUGUCUCUGUCAGAAUAACAGGAGUAAGGCCUAAUGUCCUCAGCCGAAUCUUAAAUCGUGGUGAAAAUGGUGAUGGUAAAUGUCAGAAUGUUAAGACUUUGUUGAUGGUAACAUAUUCCCUGCACAAUUUUCUUGGCAGUGUUGGACUUGACAACAAGGAAUAAGUGUGAACCUUGCCUUACCUUCAAGAGUACUGUUCUUGUAUUCUAUGUUAUAGAGCUCUUAAAAUAGGAAGUAUUGUAAUUGGUCUUACAAAUCAAACAAAGUAUGAUAUUUUAAAUGUGUGGCCAAAAUGGUAGACUGUUGUGAAGGAGGCAAUCUUGUCUAGCACUUCCUGACAAAGCUUGAUGGAAUUAAAUUCUCACCUUUAUGUUUUUCAUUCUAUCUUUGUAUAUGGUAGUAAUGUGACUGCAGAAUCUAAUCUCAGCUCUUGACAGUGCCACAUAGUUCCAUCAAUUAAGCAGCACUUUGCACCAAAAGAUAAGAGAGGAAUAUUGGGCCCUCUCGCUAGAGUUUGAUUUAAUUUCAGUGUGACAAUUUAUUGGUGGUUUAUUUGUGCAUAUUUUUGUGCUGUUCAUGUCAUAUUAAGUAGUUUGUUUUGAGUUUCUCUUAAAAAAAUAUGUAAAAGUUAUUAUAACAAAAUAAAUCAAAAAUGAAAUAC